CGGUUUGUCAAAACGUCCCAGUCCCACCGGUUGCAGAGCCAGAGCACGACUGUGUACAAACAACGAAAAAAGCUCAUCCAGUUCACAAACAGUCCCACUCUGAAAUUUCCCACUUCCAGAAUUUUUCUGAGAAUGAUAAAAAAAGAAAGCCUUACAUUAUACAGUUAUACUUUAAAGAAAUCUAAAGAUGUUUUGAAUUUUAAUUUUCAAUUGAAUUUAAGAUAUCACAUUAUUAAAAGCAGUUAAAAACAUUAUACCGGAAAGUGUUUCAUUGAAAGGUUUGUUAAUAUUACAAAUUACCUUAUAAGACUUCUCGAUAUUUUAUAGAAAAGGCGGACUUGUCACUUGUUUUUCUUGUUUUUUCAAUUUCUUCAUUCUUUGCUGAUUUUAUAUUUUAAAUUAAAUUAAAUAAUUAAUUCAUUUAUUUGUUUUCAAUUACUUCCAAUGUCAUCCAAUAACUCUUCAACAAAAAGGCAAAGAAAACAUAUUAAAGACAAGAAUACCAAUGAUUCAAUUAACCACAAUAAAAGUGUCAAGCGCCAAAAGUCGAAUUCUAAAGCGAAAACAGAUAAGCUAACCGCCGAAACAAUUAUUAAAAAAGAAACGCAAGAAAAUGAUAACCCAUUUAGCAAAUUUUUCAUUAAAUUUCCUAAUGAUAGUAAUAACAAUAUUGAUAAUGAGAACUAUCACAAUAUUCAUAAGAGCAAUUCUGAUAUCCAAGGCAAUGAUAACAAUUAUAAUGAUUUGAAUGGGAAAAUUGAUGAAAGAACUGAAUUUGAUAAUCUUAUUGAAGAAAUUGAUUCCAAUCACAAAUCAAAUGACAAGUCUAACGUAUCAUCGAAGGAUUUUGAAAGUAACAAUUCUGGAAGUAUUUUUUCAAAUAAUACAAAAAUUAAUUCCUCAAAAAGCGAGGAGUUCAACGACAUAUUAUUGGUGAUCAAUUCCUUUCCUAAGAAUUUAACAGACCCAAUAUUAAAUGAAAAUAUAUUUGAUGAUUACAUUAAUGACGAAAAUGGCAAUUCAUUAAGUCACAAUAAUAACAGUGAUUUGUCGACUCUUCUUUCAAUGGAUUUACACAGUUGGUCGAAUUAUGGAAUAAAUUUGGUCAACAAAAACUUCAGUCUAAUCUUUCAGUCUGUUUUGAAAAGAAAUUUGUUGAAUCUCCGAUUCAAUUUAAUCAAUAAAGUUAUAACCAAUUAUAUCGAAUCACUAUCGGUAUUGAAUGAAAAUUUAGUUACUAAAUCCUAUAAGAUUCAAAAUUUGGGAAAAGAAAUAGUUAAUGAGUUGAAUUGAAAGUAAGUAAAAUCACUUAUCGUCUAGAAAUUCCAUUGUGCUAUAUCUAAAUUG